AUGCAAGUUAAUUAAAAUGAAGAGUUUUAUCUCAGAUAUUAGUAUAAAUAAAUAUUUACUUUAGUGUUGGACACAAAGGUGUUUAUGGACAUGAAUUUCUUGAAUUCGAAUUCAGAAAUGAUGGUAGAUUGAGAUAUGCAAAUAACUCAAAUUACAAAUAAGAUGUUUUAAUCAGGAAGGAAUGUUUUGUUUCAGAUUCAGUUAUCACUGAGAUUAAACGCAUCAUAGAAGAUUCAGAAAUUGUCAAGUAUUAUAAUGCAUUAAAUAAAAAGGGAAAAUGAUUCUAAAUGGCCAGCACCUGAUAAAAUAGGUAGAUAAGAAUUAGAAAUUAAACUUGGAAAUAAUCAUAUUUCAUUUACUACAUCAAAGCUAGGAUCGAUAUAAGAUGUACAAAAUAGUUAAGAUCCUGAUGGCUUGAGAGUGUUUUUCUAUUUGGUUCAAGAUAUAAAAUGUUUUGUCUUUUCUUUGAUUGGCCUCCAUUUUAGAGUAUUAUUGUUAUCUAAUAUAAUUAGAUAAAGCCAGUCAAUUGAGC